AUGUCAGAGGAUAAAUCAGGAUCAUUUUACUCAAUGUAUAAAUUAUGUGGUCAACUUGAGAAAGAGUCAUCACAUUCUGGUAAAACACAAUUGAUAAAAUCAUUUUGUAAUGUUUUUAAAGGGGAUUUAUAUCUAUUAGCAAAAUUAAUGUUAUGUAAAGAAGAUAAAAGAGUAUUUAGAAUAAAAGAUAAGGCAAUGUUAAAAAUUUGUUCACAUAUUUGGGAUUGUGAUUUAGAUGAUAUGAUUGAAGAUUUAGAUAAUGGUGAUUUCACUGAAACUUGUAAAAAAUUUUAUAUAGAAUAUGGUAAAUAUCCAGAAAAAAGUACAUUAACAUUAAAAGAAGUUGACCAAGUAUUGGAUUCUUUAACAGUAUCAGGUAAAUUUGAAGAUCAAGUAAAAAUUAUAAAUAAAUUAUUGAAAAGAUGUACACCAUUCGAUUUUAGAUUAGUUUGUAGAAUUAUUGAUAGUGAUUUAAAAAUAAAUACUGGUGCAAAAUUCUUUUUAGAUGCAUUUCACCCCCAAGCAUAUGAUGCAUUUAAAAAAGCAAAUAAUUUAAAAGGUGUAAUUGAAAAAAUUCAACAACAUGAUUUUGAUAAUGAUAAUGGUGAUGGCGAUGAUGGUGAUGGUGAUGACAAUGAUGAUGAUGAUGGUGAUGGUGAUAGUGAUAGUGAUAAAAAAAAGAAAAAAUCAAGUGGUGGUAGUGGUAGUGAUAGUGGUAGUAAGAAAAAAAGCAAAUCAUUUGAAGUUGCAAUUAAAUUAAUGACACCAAUUAAACCAAUGUUACCAAAAGCAGUUAAAACUGUUGAAGGUGUUGUAAAGAGUAGUGAAUGCUUUUAUGCAGAGAUUAAAUAUGAUGGUGAACGUAUUCAAAUUCAUAAGGAUGGUAAUCAGUUUAGUUGUUAUUCUCGUAAUCUUAAACCAUUAAUGCCAUGGAAAGUGGAUGAAGUUAAACCAUAUAUUCCAAAAUCAACCAAAGCUCAACAGAUGAUAUUAGAUGGUGAAAUACUUUUAAUGGAUACUAAAACCAGCCAACCUUUGCCAUUUGGUACAUUAAGUGCCCAUAAAAAGAAUGGGUUCAAAGAUGCAACGGUUUGUGUGUUCCUAUUCGAUAUUCUAUAUCUAAAUGGUAAGUCAUUGAUUCAUUUACCACUUAAAGAGAGAAGAGAAAUCUUGGAAAAGAAUGUAAUGGUGGUUAAAAAUCGUAUUGAGUUCUCUGAGGUGACAAUUGUUAAUGGUGCCUCUGAGAAAUCAAAAUUGACGGCAUUGUUGAACAGAGUAUUUAAAGAGAAACUUGAGGGUUUGGUAAUCAAAGAUGCAAUGUCAGAAUAUGAGCCAGGUUGUAGACAUUGGAUAAAAAUUAAAAAGGAUUACAUUCACGGUAUGGCUGAUAGUGCAGAUUUAAUUGCAGUUGGCGGUUACUAUGGUUCUGGUUCGAUGGGUGGUUUGGUAACGGUUUUUUUGAUGGUAUGUUAUGAUAAACAAAAUAAAAUCUAUAAAACAGUGGUCAAAGCAAGUGGUGGUUUGGAUGAUAAUAUGAUUGCCAAACUUCAACCAAAAGUCACAAGUACAAUGACAAAAAUUUCAAAAGAAGUUUCAAAGAUUCCUUAUUGGUUAGAUUGUCCAAAGCAAUAUGCGCCAGAUUUCAUUGUAAAAGAUAUUAAACAAGCUAUGAUAUUUGAAAUUGAGUCAGCUGAAUUCACUAAAAGUGAUCAUCAUACCACUGGUUAUUCAAUGCGUUUCCCACGUAUUCUCAAAAUUAGACAUGACAAAGAUUAUAAAACUGCAACAACCCUUGAAGAAUUGGUUGAAAUUGGUAAAGAUAUUAAAAUUGUUCCAGUUGGUAAAGGUGAUAAUAAUUCACCAACAACUACUACUACAACAACUACUACAACAACAACAACUACUUCAUCAAAAUUAAUUAAAAAACAACAAUUAUCAGAUGAUGAUGAUGAUAAUGAUAAAGACUCUAAACAGCAACAACAAGAACCAUCAAAAUUAAAAUUUGUUAGUGAUGAUUUAUUAGAUCCAUUUAAUGACAAGUCAGAUGAUGAAUCAAAUAAAAUAUUUAUAUUGAAUUAUGUUGAUAAUUCAGGUAUUUGGAAUGAAAAGGGCUUAUCAGGUGCAAUUGGUAAGAAAUGGCCAUCAAUCCCAAAAUCAUUUUCUCAAGGUGAUUCAAACAUUAUAAAGAGUGGUGAAAUUCGUGUUGAAAAGGUAAAAGAUGAUUCAAUAUCAACAAAUAAAAAAGUUUUUAUUUGUAAUCUUUCUUGUAUUAUCCCACCAAAAUCUAAAAAAGAAUCUUAUACUUUCUCAUUAAAAGAAUUUAAAUCUGCAAUUAAAGAAGCAAAAGGUGCGAUCAAUCAAAAAAAAGCUUCAGUUCAUUUAGCAAAACCACAAUUCACUUCACCAUCUUGGUCUGAACUUGAUGAAGUACUAACAAAAGAAUUAUAUAAUAGUGGUAUUAAAGUAUUUGUACAUUCAAUUUCAAAAUCAUCACCAACUACAACAUCACCAACUACAACUUCACCAACUACAACAUCACCAAAAAUAACAUCACCAUCAUCAUCAUCAUCACCUUCAAAUAAAUUAAGCCCAUUAAAAAGAGGAAGAGAUGAAAAAUUAGAACAUGAAAUCAUUAAAGAUAUUGAACCAUCUUUACCAAUAUUUGAGGAUGUUAAUGCUGUAAUUGAUAGUAAAACCAUUGACCAAGUUGAUGUAAAGAGAUUAAUAAAUUCAAUUAAAACUAUGGGUGGUCGUGUAUCAGAUAAAUGGCAACAAGUUGGUAUUGGGAAAACAACCCAUUUAAUUUGCAAUGGUAUGAGCGAUCUUUAUUUACAUGUCGAUCGUUUAGGUGGUACAAUUGUUUUACCAAAUUGGGUUGAUCAAUGUUUUGGUUCAGAUAAAUUAUUACCAUUACAUGAGGAUUAUAUUUAUUUCAAUAAAAAAGAUCAUCCAGAUUAUUCACAAUCAUCAUCAUCAUCCUCAAUGUCAAUUGAAGAAGAGAAAAUAGUAGUAACUACCACCUCUGAUGAUCCAUCAGAGGGUAAUCAACAACAACAGGAUAAAAAGGUUAUAAAAGAAUCAAAAAUAAUUCAAUCAAAAGAUCAUUCUUCAACAACUACUAUUGAUACAAAAAUAACAAUUACUUCAACCAAUAAUAAUAAUAAUGGUAACGAUAACAACAAAACUAGAAAGAAACAACAUCUUUUAUCAAUUUUCCAAGAAUGUAUUAUAUUUUUACAUGAUAAUGUAAAUGAUAGAGAAACUUUAAAAAGAUAUAUCAUUGCUUAUGGUGGUGAUAUUUCUGAUUCAGUCAAUGAUAAAACUACUCAUUUAGUUGCUUCUCUACCAAAUAAUUUUUCAAACGUAAAACCAAAAGAUCUUUUUAAAUCAAUAAUUAAUAAUAAUAGUAAAAAUAAUAAUAAUAAUAAUAAUAACAAUAAUAAUGGUAUAAUUGUAAAUUCUUUGUGGUUAUGGGAUUCAAUAAAUAUGAGUGAUCUUUUAGAUGUAAAAAAUUAUAAACUUUUCUAA